CACUUAUAUGUCAAUAUUAUAAAAAUAUCCGAUUUUAGUUUGCGGUUUACGAACAUCACUAAUGCAAAGUACUAUUCUGUGGGGACUGUCGGAAAAUUAAAUUUUAAAGACUAAAAUACGCUUUAAAUAUGCUAUCUCGCGUGGCUUUGCGUUCAGUAUUGGCCCGGCAGUCCACUCCAACAGCCCUCGUAGCUCGUACCUCCAGCUCCGAGGUCUCUGGAGUGCGAGAUGAGAAGAACUUCCCCAGACCAGUCAGGGGUGAACCUGGCAAAGUCAGACUCGGAUUCAUUCCAGAAGAAUGGUUCCAAUUCUUCCACUCAAAGACCGGUGUGACUGGACCGUACACAUUCGGUGUUGGUCUGAUGACCUAUCUCUUCAGCAAGGAGAUCUACGUCAUGGAGCAUGAGUACUACACCGGUCUGUCUAUCUUGCUGAUGGUGUACUAUGGUACCACCAGGAUGGGCCCCAAGAUCGCUGCUUGGUUGGACAAGGAAGUUGACAAAAUUGAAUCCGACCUGAACCAAGGGCGCGUAGACAGCCUUAAGCACUUGGAAGAAGCCAUUGAAACAGAGAAGGAUGCGCAGUGGAGGGCCCAGGGUCAGGAGCUGCUCAUCCAGGCUAAGAAGGAGAAUGUUCUGCUGCAGCUGGAAGCCGCGUACAGGGAACGUCUCAUGAACACCUACCAGGAGGUCAAGCGCCGUUUAGACUUCCAACUCGAAAAGGCAGUCCUAGAACGUCGCUUCGAACAGAAGCACCUCGUUGACUGGGUGGUAACCAACGUAACCAAGGCCAUCACACCGGACCAGGAGAAGCAGACCCUGGACCGCUGCAUUGCAGACCUCGCUGCUCUUGCUAAUAAGUGAAUAGAAUGUUGUAAAAUAAAUAUUUAAUCGUGAUAGUUUAUUGCUGUUUUAUUGGAUUAAAAUGUUUUUUUUU